AAGUGCGUAACUAACAAAAUGUCUAAAAUAUCGGUCUUACAAAUAUUGUUACUUAUCGCUGUGCUCUUUGUAACAUGUUCAGAUCAACAGCGCAACCGCUGCCUUGGAGUUCCUGAUGGAACAUUUAUUAACGAUUUCAGCGAUUGCGAUGCCUAUUUUGUUUGCGCCCGGAAUAGUAUGGUACGAGGACGUUGUGCAGCAGGAUUUUAUUUUAACGAGGAGGAACAGAAGUGUGAUCACCCGUGGAAUGUAACCUGUCUCUUGUGUAGAGAUGAUGGCAAUGGUGAUGAUGGCAAUGGUGAUGAAGGGAGUGGCGAAAAUGAUGAAGCAGCAAAUGGAGGAGUGUUUGAUACUGGUUUACCGGUUAACUUUCCAAUUGAGCGUGAAUGUCGGAAAUAUACGGCAUGUGUGGAUGAUGUAGGAUUCCUGCUGGAGUGCUCCGAAGAUCUAAUGUUUAAUCGAGAUCCAAAUGUUAGAGCAUGUGAUUUACCGGAGAAUGUCGAUUGCACAGAAAGCGUAUGUCCGAAUAACGUUAAUCCAUCAGUCCCAACAUUUGUCCCAGAUUUAACGGACUGCUCUAAAUAUCACAUUUGCUUCAACUGGGAUGCUGUAGGCGAAGUUAGAAGCUGUGCAGGUGAUCUGUUGUUCAACCCAGUUACUAGAGAAUGUGAUUUUCCGGAAAACGUGGACUGCGAUCACAUUUUACCGGUACCCCCGACAUCAUGCAAGCCAACUGGAAUCCACCACAUACCUGCGGAAGAGUGCAAUCAAUUCUAUGUUUGUGUUAACGGCGAACAGCGUGAACCGGCCCAAACGUGCCUGGGAGGAACAAUAUUUGAUGUAAUCACAAUGACUUGCCGAAAUGAAUCAGAUGAUACCAAAUGUAUUACCGAUUUGGUUGAGACACUUGUGUUUGAUCCAUAAAUUUUAUUUGGAUGCAUUAAAGAUUUUAUUUGUAAUCAAAUAUACAGAACUAAAGACAAAAACUCAAAAAAAAAAAAAAUUACCCUCGCGCGAGAAACAAUCUGCACAAAUAUGCAGAAAAAUCUGCAGAAAAAUCUGCAGAAACUCUAAAAAAACUGCAAAUAUCUACAAACCAACUUAAAAAAUGCAGACAAAUUGGCACAUACGGUAUCCCUGAGCAGAGUCUUUUAGAUGUCGUUGUAGUUUGUUGUAGUUGAGCAAUUUUUAUAGCAUUCUAAAACAGUUCAAUAAAUUAUAGCCAACACAGAGUACACUACCAAUUGUUAGUGUACAUUUUAAAGUGUGCCUUACGCUAGAAUAGUUGUUACCGCCUUCAUAACUAUUAUUUAAGGGAGGUUGCUACUUCUAAGGGCUAUUUGUAAAAAGUUAACAGCAAUCGGUUUCUUAUAUAUU